AUGUUGAGCUCUGCAACCAGACUACUGCUUCAUUUUAUUCUACUUUCACAUAUAUCUGCAGAUACAAAACCUGAACGAAAACUAAACACAACUGAAGGUUUGCUCAUAUCUGCAAUACAAGAGAGUGUUCAAAUGGUCAACACUGCAUUCAGUCAGAACACAAAUAGGAACCAUACUCAGUCAUCCUACUCGCAGAUGUUUGCUUCCUCCAGGCAAGCAUUAGCAGCAACUAAUGAAUUCUCAAAAGCAGCAGAGGUCUUUCAAAUGACUCUGUUAUUAUUAAAGAAUAAAGCAAGUCGGAGACAGAAAAGAUCAGUGACUGUUUCAGAACUUCUUACUUUGAAGGAAGUAGAGCUGAUAGCAAACCUGUCUGGAUGUCCCCCACCUUUCCAUCCUGCCAGCUGUCCCACAGGAGAAGAUUCAGAGAAAUAUCGCACUAUCUCUGGAGUGUGCAAUAACAGAAAUAGGCCUCUUUGGGGAGCAGCCAACACAGUCUUGGCCAGAUGGCUUCCAGCAGAGUAUGAGGAUGGAGAUAGCCAACCAAAAGGCUGGAACAGUGGGCACCAGUACAACAGCUUUCAGCUUCCCCUUGUUCGGGAGGUCAGCAACAAAAUUAUGCAGAUCUCCAGCCAGUACCGCUUAGAAGAUGAAGCGUAUUCCCAGUUGCUGGUUGACUGGGGUCAGUACAUAGACCAUGACAUUUCUUUCACCCCACAAAGCACCAGCAAAGCUGCCUUUUUAGAGGGACUCAACUGCCUCCACAUGUGUGGAAAUUCUGAUCCUUGCUUUCCAAUUCAGAUUCCACUGAAUGAUAAACUGUUUGGAAGUAAGCGCUGUCUCCCAUUUUUCCGCUCUUUGCCAGCCUGCCUACAUGGUCUGACACACGCUCUGCACUCGCAACAGAUGCUCCAGAGACAGCAGAUGAAUUCAGUUACUUCCUUCCUUGAUGCCUCUACUGUCUAUGGCCACUCUGUCAAGUUACAAAAUGUGCUCAGAAACCUGUCAAGCUCUGAGGGCCUGCUGGCAGUUAACAGUAAAUCCACUGACAAUGAUGGUCAUGCUUAUCUGCCAUUUGUCAACAUCACCCCAUCAGCAUGCUUCCAGGAGCCGGGCAGUGGGCCGAGGGAACGGGUGGAGUGUUUUCUAGCUGGAGACAGCAGGGUGAAUGAGGUUCUGCCUUUAAUUGCUUUGCAUACACUUUGGGUGAGAGAACACAACCGUAUCGCCAAGAUAUUAAAACAACUGAACACCCACUGGAGCUCUGAGAAAACCUAUCAGGAGACCCGCAAAAUCAUUGGAGCAUUACAUCAGAUAAUCACUAUGAGAGAUUACAUUCCAAAAAUCAUAGGAGAAGAAGCAUUUAAGCAAACCAUCGGGCUUUACAAAGGCUACGAUGAUUCAAUAAAUCCGUCAGUCUCCAAUGUGUUUGCCACAGCUGCAUUUCGCUUCGGGCAUGCCACAAUCUCAUCACACAUUAUUCGACUGAAUGAGAGCUUCCAGGAGCAUGAACACUUUCCCUCUUUAAGUCUUCAUAAAGCCUUCUUCAGUCCAUGGAGGAUCAUCAGACAAGGAGGAUUAGAUCCAAUACUGCGAGGUCUUCUGGGUCGACCAGCUGCCAAACAGAACCCACAGCAUCUCAUGACUGAGGAAUUAAGAAAGAAGCUAAUGGUGCUUACUAUUCCAGAGGAGCUAGACUUGGCUGCUUUAAACCUCCAAAGGGGUAGAGAUCAUGGUCUUCCAGGUUACAAUGACUGGAGGCUAUUUUGUGGGUAUGACAGAGUGGAAAGUAGAGCAGAUCUGAUGGAUGUGAUACACGACAGUGCCUUGGUUGAAAAGAUAAUAGAUCUGUACGGGCAUCCCGACAAUAUUGAUGUGUGGCUGGCAGGACUGCUAGAGGAUCCAUUGCCUGGUGCUAGGACCGGCCCUCUCUUUGCAUGCUUGAUCGGAAAACAGAUGAGGAUGCUUCGGGAAGGUGACAGAUUCUGGUGGGAAAAUCCUGGAGUGUUUUCUCAGCAGCAAAGACAGGAGCUACAGAAGCACUCACUGUCUCGGGUCUUUUGUGACAGCAGUGGCCUUAAAGAGGUUCCUCUUGAUCUCUUCAGGGUGGGAACCUACCCCGAACAGUUCCUUAUGUGCACAAACAUACCAUCAAUGAAUCUAGCUGCAUGGAAGGAGAACCCCUAAAAUGCAAUGGACUGUUAAAGAUUGGUGUGGUGAUUCUGCCUUCUGUCAAGUGUCUACUGGUGGUGAGACCUAGACUCUGGCCAAGACAAAGC